AUGGAUACCCCCUCAUCGGAAAGGACGCAUGUCGACUUCAUGCCGGCUGAUGUAGAGGCGAAGACACAGCAGAGCCUCUCCGAGAAGGAGAAGCUCUCGCCCGCAACUACAUCGUAUACAAACUCGGCCGUCGACUCGCCUUCUGAAGAUGACUACCCCGACGGCGGGCUGCGUGCAUGGCUCGUCGUUUUCGGUUGCGUGUUGUUCUCUGCAAACACACUAGGCUGGGCGUAUGUCCUCGAUCCGUACACAUCUCACAGAAUCUGCAUUGACUUCUCCAUUUUCUACCCCUUGCGGUGUUUGUCGGAUGACGCGUCGUUCUCCUCUUUGGUACUCAUUUCAUGGCAGGCAUGGGGCGUUGUACAGACCUAUUACCAGGAGCACAUCUUUCCCGACGCAUCCGAUACUGUGCUCAGCACACUGGGUAGUAUGUCGGGUGCUGUAUUCUGGCUGGCUGGCAUGCUUGGUUCGGCCUUCUGCACCGAGCUGUGGCAGUUCUUCAUUACGCAGGGCCUGCUCCAAGGCAUCGCGAAUGCGCUGAUCUUUCCGCUCGUCGUGUCAUUACCGGCACAGUGGUUCCUCAAGUACAGAGCUUUUGCCAUCGGAGUGGUGGUUGCUGGUUGCUCAUUCGGUGGAGCUUUGGCGACCCUCAUCAUGUACAAGAUGUUCGCUGCACUCGGCCUGAAGAAGACCUUCGCGAUCUACGCCGCAAUGAACGCCAUAUGCUUCAUUGUAGCUCUCGUCCUCAUCAAGGAGAGGAGGCCGUCUUCCAGGCGGCCGAAGAUCAUAUGGAUCGAUAUCACGUUCUUCAAGGAUCCCGUGUUCUGGAGCCUCGGGCUGUGCAUCCUGUUCACGGUGUUUGGUUACUUGACACCCAUCUUCCUCCUGCCGACCUACGUCAUCGAUGUGAUCCCGGGCACCAGCGACUUCCUCUCCGCACUGCCGCUCAUGCUCCUCAACUUCGGUGCCGCCGCAGGCCGCACGUCCGUGGGGUUCAUCGCUGACCGCAUCGGGCCCGUCAACGCCCUGCUCAUCUCCGUCAGCAUGUCCGGGCUCGCGCAGCUCCUCAUCUGGAACUUCGUCAAGAACUACUCCGGCAUCAUAGCGUUCGGGGUCAUAUACGGCUUCUUCUGCGGCUGCUUCAUCUCCCUGACGCCCGCCGUGUGCGCGCAACUGUAUGGCUCGGACAGGCUCGCGGGUCUCUCCGGGCUGACGCUGUUCUUCAACCUGCCUGGUAACGCCGCCGGAGCUCCUCUCGGCGGUGCGAUCCUGAGUGGCACGGGCGGCAACUGGCACGCGGUUGCAUGUUAUUCGGGCGGUAUGCAGGUGCUCGUGGCUGGCAUGGUACUGACACAUGUCCCGCUAGCUCGCUUCAAGAAAGAGCCCAAGCUGUUAGCGGUAUACUGA